CAAGAUAAAGCUAUGAGCAAUCUGAUUGGCCUAUCAUUUCAAAGAAUAUCCUACGUGUCAUUUGGGAAUCAGAUUCCACAGAUUCACAAACCAAGACUCAUACCGGCAGGAUGCAUAUUUGCCACUUCUGAUCAUCAAUGGCGCUCUCUGCACCCACUUCACUUAAUCAUCUUCAUUCCCAUGGACUCUAUCACAACAACUUCCUCUCCUCCAAGCCUCGAUUUGCUCGUCUCUUUCUCGCCAAAAAUGGCUCUAGAAUCGUCGCCAUGGCAUCCAAGAAUAAGGUAAACAAGUACGAUGAAAACUGGGAAAAACAAUGGUUCGGUGCUGGAAUUUUCUACGAAGGAAGCGAAGAGAUUGAAGUUGACGUUUUCAAGAAACUUGAAAAGCGUAAGGUGUUGAGUAAUGUUGAAAAAGCGGGUCUUUUAUCGAAAGCUGAGGAGCUUGGUGUCACUUUAUCGUCUAUUGAGAAGUUAGGUUUGUUCUCUAAAGCUGAGGAGUUGGGUUUAUUGAGUUUGUUAGAGAAGCUGGCUAGUGUUUCACCUUCCACUCUGGCCUCCGCCGCUUUGCCCAUAUUUCUGGCGGCCGUGGCGGCGAUUGUCGUGAUUCCUGAUGACUCAGUAGGGUUGGUGGUGGUGCAAGCGGUGGUGGCUGGUGCUCUUGGGGUUGGUGCUGCUGGUUUGUUCGUUGGGUCUGUUGUUUUAGGUGGCUUACAAGAAGCUGACUGAAUCGAUUUUCUUUUGUUUUCUUUUUUUUCAAUUUUUAGGAUUAAAAAAUCAUAUUCUUGGAAUGAAGUGCUUGACAUGAGAUGAUUAAGUGCUUGCAAAUGUUGUAAAUUACAGAGAGGAGAAGAUAUGUUUGUUGAUUUUGGAUUAAAGAAAAUAAUUUGACAAUGAAAUUUAUGUUUUUGUGUAAAUGAACAUCAGAAUAUUUCUGUUUGGCA